GAUCUCUGUGGUAUGAAGAUGUCAAUAAUGGCUGCUCACGAAGAGAAGAAGAACAACUAGCUCCGAUAAUUGUAUGGCCUUAACCUGAUAAUAAAUGUAUAUAACUCAAUUAAAUUAUAUACUGCAGUAUUUGUUGCCGUUGGUAGUAACAUAGAUACUAACCAAGACGUUUUGAAGAAAGUAAAUAUUGUCGUCGUUUUAACACAAAAACAAAAAUGGCCACAGAUUUAUACCACAGUGCAUUAAAAGAUAAAGAUCAAUUGGACAGAAGUAACCCAAGAACGAGACUCUCAAGUGGUUUAAAUAGCAGCGAUGUGCAGUAUAAAAAUUUUCUAUCAGGUAUAAAGCCAAGGGUAAAAAGCAACAGCACAGCAUCUAAUAUAAAACAACAGCAGCAGGAACCAAAAAGUUUUGUUGAUAGUGCUGCUAGAACACAGUCAGUAUCUGAGUUUAACAAAACAAAUCGUGAAAACAAUAGAAUGCUGAAAGUUGCAAUAAAUCAAAAAUCAGAGAAGGAAAAAGAGGAAGAAAAAGUGAGGGCACAAAAAGCCAUGUAUGAAGAAUUUUCAUCUGUUCCCCACUCUAAAAAAAUUGAAUCAAAUUUCAAUAAUAAUACGAACACAGGAAGGAAUCGUAGUGGAUCAACAAAAUCAAAUGAUGAAUUUAAUUUUGAUAGCUUAAAACAUGCUCAAAGUGAUUCCAUUGGGUCUGUGGGAAGGCUAAGAUCACUUUUUGAUAAAAAUGCUGAAGAAAACGCUAAACAAACUGUCCAAUUUCGAAAGAAUACAAAUAAACGUACUGAUCGGCCUUUAUCCACAGGUUAUGUUUUUCAGGACAAGAAAUCCAAUGUGUCAGGAAUAUAUGAAAAACAAAAUUCUAAAGAGCAACGUAAAUCACUUGAUAUUGAGUCUUUGCUGAUCAAUGAAAAUGUUAAGGAUAAAACUGAUAAAAAUAUAAAUGUGCCUCGCAGUCCAACUAAGCAAUCGCCAAGAAAAAUAUCUAACUCGGAAUUUGAAAACUUUGAAGAUCAUAUAGUUCCAACAGGUAAAAAAAAAAUUGAUGUUGGCUCAAUUCUUGCUCAAAUGGAUUCAGAGAAGGAGAAUGUUGCACCAAUAAAGACAGAAGAAAAAAUUCCAGAAAGUCCACGUAAGGAAGUAGACAUAAAACAGAUUUUAGAAAUUGAGAGAAUGAAACGUACUCAAGAAGAGGUUAAUAUUGAAAAGCGUUUUAACGUAAAGAGAAGAUCACUGAAGGAGAGAUUAAGUUUACUAGCUGCAGAAGAAGAUGGUGCUAUAGUUUCUUCUUAUGAAACUAAAGCAACUGAGAAUUCUUCUGAAAUAAAAAAUGUUGAACCACCAGAAGACAUUAUUGAACCGGUGCAUGUCACUGAUACUCAGGAGGAAAAUGACUUGUUUACUGAUGACAAGAGUGAAAAGAAGUCUAAUGAAAACUACAAAAGUGCGCUUGAACGGUUUGACGAAUUUAUAACAAAGGAAGACAUUUCUGAAGAUUUACAUAGUUCAAAAUCACAGGCUGAUUUAAGUUUGAAAAUAAACAGUAAAGACACAUUGUCACCAACUACAGAUCAUAACGAUAACUUGGUGAAGUUUGGAGGUUAUGACCAUUCACGUACCAACCAUCUAGGUAUUGAGAAUAAUACCAGCUCCAAAACAGACAAUUCUGAUUUAAUGGACAGUAUCCUAGAUCAUAUGGAGACUUCAACUUCUCCAAAGAGUAUUGGAAAAGAUUAUAUAUCACUUUUGCGUUCUUCCUCCUUAACUGAAGAAGAUCGAAAAAACAAGAUUGUUGAAAAUAGAGGUUAUGCCCCUGAAGUUUUACCUCGAUUAAGUAAACAGUUAGCCUACAAUCAGACUGCUGCUGUCACUCCUCCUUUGAGUGAAGAUGAACAAGUAGCUUUAAGUUUUCAGAGCUCAAUAGAACCUGCUCGCAGUGAUACAUCAGAUACCCAGACGUCUGAGAUGCACAGUAGGUCAACAACAGAAUGCGAGUCAGAGUAUACUGAUACUUGUUCUAGUGACGAGUUUCAGUUACCACCACCACCUGGAAAGUCUAACAUUUCACGUGAUAAGUCACGAGAAGGCCUACGUGUUAAUUUCAGAAAAGAAACAUUACAUGAUGUUAUAUUUACAUACGGUCCUUCAGAAUAUGAUCGUGCAAAUGCUGAUAUUGACCCCAUUGCUUCAUCAGCAGAAUGGGAAUUGGAAAAGAGAGUUGAUAAUAUGGAUAUUUUCUCUGUGGAUUUACAAAAAGAUGAAAGAGGUUUGGGACUCAGCAUUAUUGGUUUGGGCGUUGGUACUGAAAGUGGUGUGGAAAAGCUAGGCAUUUUUGUGAAAACGCUGACAGAGAAUGGUGCUGCUCAGAAAGAUGGCCGAAUACAAGUUAAUGAUCAAAUCUUGGAAGUCAAUGGUGUAUCACUUGUUGGUGUUACCCAAUAUUUCGCUGCACAGACCUUGAAAGGCACAAGUGGAAUUGUCAGGUUUUUAAUGGGUAGAGAAAAAUCACGGCGGUCUCACUAUGCUCCAGGAGCACUGCUUGCAGAAAGCCCAGAAAUGCAGAAACAUAUUGAGGAGAUGAACAAAGUUCUCCAACAAGUCGAUGAAUUAGAACAACGUGCAGUGAAUUCUGAAACUACGUUAGAUGAUGUUCGAGCUGAGUUAUUAAGAGCUGAAGAAAGAGCACAUGAAGCCGAACACCAAUUACUGGAGAAAAGAGAGCAGCUGAAAGCAGUCACAGAAUCACCUUUUAUUGGCAACCAAAGAAAGCUUAAAAACGAAAUCAAGAAGAAGGGUGGUAAUAAAGAGAAAGUUGACGAGUUGCAAAAAAAUUUAAAAGAAGUGUCAAACCGGUUGAGUACUUCAGAAGAGAAUUUGUUAAUGUUAACUUCUGUAAAAGACAACAAAGAAAAAGAGUUAGCAGAGCUCUAUGGCAUGGUGGAAGAAAAUGCUGCUCAACAAAAGCAACUUGAAGAAUCCAACAUUGCCUUACGAAAUGAACUCAACACUAAAUCCGAAUUGGUUGCUGGACUGCAACAGGAAAGCACCAAGAUGCAACUAAAGUUGGAUGAACAAGUAAAAUUGUUUGAGGAACAAAAAGCAAGUUUUGAACUCAUAGAAGCACAACACAUGGCAAAGGUUGCACAAGAAGAAAAAGACUUGACUAAUAAAUUUUUCGAACUGGAAAAUACAAACCAAAAUUUAAAAGAAGAAGUGAAAGAGCUUCAGGACAAGUUGAAAGCAAAAGAAGCAUUAUCAUUGGAAAACGAAAGCUUGAAAAGAUCAAUUGCAGAAUUAUCAGAAAACCAAAAAAAAUUAGCUGUCACCGAAGAGAACCUACACACUUCUCAGAAAUUAAAUGGAGAAUUAAAACUAGAAAUUGAAACCUUAACAGCACAGAAUGAUUACUUGCAAUCAUUAAUUACAAAACUUGAUAGGAGUCAUGGCCAAACAUCUGCUGAAAAAACUGAUUUGGAAGAACAAUUUAAACUGAAGGAAGAACAGUAUAUGAAAGAAAAUCAAGAACUACAGAGAAAGAUAUCAGAAUUAGAAUUCCAAAUUCAGCCAGAGAAGUCAAAAUUUUUCCCCGAUAUCAUCACAGAGGAAGUAUCAGUAACAGCGGAAUCUGAAGUUGAAUCGACACCUGAUUUUUUUGAUAGUGAUACGCCACUUUUGCCAAAGCGAGAAUACGUCAAUAUCAAUUUCACACAACCUCCUUUAGUAUCACGAGAUAGCAAACCGACUUCACCAACUGAAAACAAUUUUACCUCCGAAGAAGUCUCCUUAGCUGAUGUUGAUAGCGCAAGCGAUACACAAUGUGAAGAAGUUCUUGAAGCUGUCACAGUAGAUAAUGUAGAAUCUGGGAACCCCAAAAUAGAUUUUACCAUUGAUUCCUCUGAUACAUUGAGUGACCCUAGUAUUACAAAUCCUGUUCCAAAACCACCCAGAGGUCAUUUUGUUGACGUUGAGGAGGACUUUGUGAUAGUUCAGACACCUGUAAAAGAGAAUAAGGACAUAAUAACUGCUGUAGAAGAGGAAGAAGUUGAACAGUUACCCUCAAUACAAUUAGACCUUAAAUUAGAGCAGGAGGAGGUAAAGCCUGUUGACAGUAGUGACGAUAAAGUUGUACUUGAAAAUUCUUUGCUAGUAGAGGGUGUUUCAAAUUCUAUUAUUACUUCUGCUGUUGCUGAAGCAUCAUCACCUGGAACAGAGCAAAAAUCAUUUGUUGCAGAGUUUGAAACAAAGCAAGAAACUGAGGAGCCUAAGCUGCCGAAAGACGAGGAUAAAGUGAAAAAAGAAAUGCAGUUGAAGUAUUUACUUGAGUCGAAAAAACCUGCAUCACCGACAACUGUGACUAUACCUGACUCAAUUGAAUUUGAUAAUCUAACAGAAGACACUGUUGAUAAUGAUAGUGAUAGCGACCAAGGACAGUUUCAGUUGAUUGCUGAAGAAAUCCAAGAGGAGCAAUCAACACCAGAUUCACUGAACAGACGUAAUGUCGAUCAGAAGAAAGCCAGUAGUGGAGACCGCUCGAGUUUCUUUCAGGCCUUAAAUAAUGAACCAGGUUUUAAUUCUUGGUUGGACGAUGAAUGGAAAAGGUUGGAUUCUCAGAAGAGAGAAGAACAGGCGGAAAAGAUUGCUGCCCAAGUAACUGCCAAAUCCCCUGUGAGAAGAACAUCAUCUACAUCGUCCAGCUCUUCUGAAAGUGAAUACGAACAAGAAGAGAAAAAAGUGGAAAUUUUAAAAGAUGAGAAUUGGAGUCGAACUCAGAGUAUCAAGAUUGACUCUUCAUAUUUCGAAAAGUCAACUCUCCAAGAUAGUUUUGACACUGAAGUGUCUAUAUUAGACGAAGAGCAAGAACGAGAUAACAAAGAUUCAGGAAUUAUUAAAAGCACUAGUUUUGACUCUGCUAUCCCACCAACACAAAUGCUAGACAAUAGGAUUGCUCUCGACAAACGUCAGCUGGUUAAACGAGACGAGAAACGAAAGCCAACUCAUGGAGCUCGUGGUCAACUAGCGGAAGAAAAUGAUUCGUUUCAGAUCAGUACGCUACCUCGUAAAAGUAAAGAAGGUUCAGCAUUCACACCAAGUCCUCUGAAAUCGGCUGUAUCCGAACCCAACUUGUUAAAAACGUCCAAUUCAAGUAGUAACAUCGACAAACCGGAAAAGCAGAAACAUAAGUUUGGUUUCCACAUUCCGAAAGUAUUCAAGAAAGGUAAAGCUGGUGGAAAGAAAAGUAUACACGAAGAUGGUACCGCAACACUGCCAACAUCUGCGGAGGAGCGUAAGAAUUCUUCUCCACCUGCCAUGGAACGAAAUGAAAGUACCUCCCAGAUAAAUGUGAAAACUGCCUCGCUGGAAGUAAACACUCAGCCACCGCAAAUGUCUCCAAUGAUUGCAGACGCUGAAAUAGUUCCUAUGGAACAAAGAGCUGAAUCAAUGAGUCAAGAACGAGCCAAUGAUGCUGCGACAGAGGAAGCCGUAGUUCCUUUUGCUACUAAAGAGCUACUUAUGGAGAAGGCUCGAAAAGAAAGUGUAGAAGAAGAACCUAUUAACAGGGGAGUCUCGCUCAACGUGGAAGCUUCGUCCCUACAACUACCAGCCACAGUUCACGUGUCAUCUAGCGGAUCUGUCACUUCUGUUGAUGACGUAGAGAUCAAGCUACCCUCGUCUCCCUCACCAAAUCCUUCUCCUACCUCUUCGAAAUCUAUGACAAUACCCGAAUCAAAAGAGAACGAAACAUUUAAUGAAAGAGCAAUUGAUGUUGGCACAAUGGAAAAUGGACACGCAGAGGAGGACAACAUUACACAUUGGACUAGAAGAGCUGCUAACGAUUGGGAUGUUAGACAGGUUGGUCUGUGGUUAGUGGAGAUGAACAUGAGUCAAUACGUGAAUAGCUUCAAAUCGCACAAUGUGGAUGGUCAUGCAUUGCUGAGAGCUGAUGGAAACCGUCUGAAGGAAUAUGGUGUGAACAACACCGAUCAUCGCGCUGAAAUUAAAAAACGCAUUAAAGAGUUUCGUCAACAACUUGGAAAGGACUCAUUUAAUAAAGGAAAAAAUAAGGACCACAAAUCAGCUAAAGACAAGUUACAAUUUUGGAAAGGAAAGUAUAAAGUCGUACACUAGAUUCAUAAAAAGUCAUUGGAUGGACGGAGUCACGUGUUAAGAUGCGGUGCUGGUCGCCGAUGUAUUUCACGGAAUGAAAAAGUAUCUAUUGAUAGGUGAUGUUGUCAUCACAGUUAAGACACGAAUAUAACAUCUGUAUCUUUCUCAGAGAAGAAAAUCAAGAUUUUUUUUUUCUUAUAUAGUAUUUAAGAGGAAAUUAAACUCUGUGUAAUGCGGGCCUAAUGCUGUAUAUCUACGUGUACACUAUGCUUGUUUUGUUACAUAAAUUACUUUUUGGUAAAUACGAUCUUACGAAAUUAAUUUUUGUAUAAAAACGGAGAAGAAUAAAUAUCGAUUUUUAACGUUGUGCCUCUUGUAUUUAAGACAGGUAGUAAUGGAGACAGAGUUAUUGAGCCAAGUUACUUUUACAUGGAACAAAAUAAUUAUGGUAGAAGGAGAAAGAGAAUAUAUUAUUUUAUUUCUAAUAUUUUUUUAAUGUAUUUUUUUUUGGUCGCCUAUAUUUGAGCUAGUAACUAGCUUUCAAGAGCAAUAACGUUCGAAUAUUUUUUUAAAGAGAUGAAAAUUUAUACAUCAACUUGUGUUAUCGUCAUUUUAUUGUAAUGCAUUCAUUGUUUAUCAUGAUAUUUUUUCAUAAGUUGUCUGGCAUGUGUGUACUUGUUUGUUUGUUUGUUUACGUAUCUGUUUUCCUGUUUACUGGUUUAGUUCUGUUUUUAUUGUUUUUUUUUCUUCCCAAUCCAACCCUUUUUUAGAAUAACAACAAACCUCGUGAAAGCCUUUGUAUAUUCUUAAGACUCUCUCAAAAUUAAAAAACGCUUUUCAAUAUUAGCUUUUCCAAUACGAUUUUUUAAAGAAUAAAAACAAUUUUUUUCAAAAUAUUUUUAAUGUUCCAUACUCUGUAACUUGUACAAUCCAGUAAUAAGCUGACCCCAAUAUUUUUUUCGAGGUUGUUAACGCCAUAGCGUUUAUUGGCGGCCAUUUUUUCCUGUUAUUAUUAUUAUUAUUAUUAUUAUUAUUAUUAUUAUUAUUUUGCAUUUUAUAGAUAAUGUUUAACGUCCCUUAUGUUAUGCUAUUUAUUUAAAGCGAUCUUUGUAGCAAUAUUCACGUUUUUAAUCAUUCUCUUGACACAUGGAUUUUUCACUUGUAAAAUGAUAUACGCUCGCCAAAACACGUGCUUUUUUAUUUCACUUUACUGCAAUUAAGAAUCUAGAAAAAAGGUUUUGUAAUAGGCGUAUCUUAAAGUGCAGUACUUCUUGGCUGUAAAUUUUCUUCCUUUUUUUGCGAGUGGACUCACAAAAAUAUAUAUGUAUAGAAAUUUUUUGAGAUAAUUCUUUGAAUUUUAUAUUCGUUGCGCAGAAGCGUUUUUGUAUAGUAGCAAAAUCUUUUCUAUGUAGACUAAUUAUUAUUUUUUGUUCUCUCCUCCACAAAGUUAUAUCAAGAAAGAUGAUUAACUCUGUUUAAAUCCUAAAUAACUUUGUGAAGGAGAGUAUAUAACUACAAAAGUAUAUAUCGCUGCACUUGUAUACGAGGUUUAAAAAAUAAAUAAGUAAAUACCAA